AUGUCACGCUCGGAGUCUUCGAGUCCUAUCAAUUCGGACGUCAGUAUUGACAUCAAUGAUGACGACGAAGACAUGUCUCGGUCACCAAAACGAGAACCCCUUUCAUCGCCUCUCAUGCAUCCGAACGGAUCAAUGAAUUGUAGUAAACCAUCAAAACUGUCAUUCAGUAUAAGCCGUCUUUUGGGAGCCAAUAGUGACUCUAAUAAACACAAUGAAAGCGGCACUACAUCUGAAGGGGAACAUGAUUUGUCUGAAUGUAUUGCUACAGAUUCUGGUGUCAAAUCUUCAUCGAUAUCAUACCCGCCGUCUCCCCCAUCCCUCUCACCAAACAAUAAAUACAGUCUUUCAACACAUCGGAUGUCAAUGAGUCCAAUGAGUCCAUACGAAACAGCGUUAACUCAUUUGUCGGGAUCUCAUUACCAAUGGUUUAAUUCAACUCCUAAUGCACUCAUCAGAGAUGGUCUCCAGAAACUACUCGAACCCCCAAAGUUGCCUCCAGUCAAGUGUCAACUAAGAAGACAUAAGUCUAACCGUAAGCCUCGGACACCAUUCACUACACAACAACUGCUGGCACUCGAGAGGAAGUUUAGGUCAAAACAGUACCUCUCGAUCGCCGAAAGAGCAGAGUUUUCGAGUUCGCUUAACUUAACGGAAACUCAGGUCAAGAUCUGGUUUCAGAACAGAAGAGCCAAAGAGAAGAGACUAAAAGAGGCCGAACUCGAGAAGAUGCGAAUGGCUUCGCGACCGCUAUUACCUCAGGCCAUGGGAAUGGCAGGCUUUCCCGUAGGUCUACACCAUAACUCGCAAAGUGUUGGACACAACCCCUUUAUGCCGGUCUCCACUUCCCUGUCAUCCCUCGGACCCAUGCAUUCCUCAUCAUCGGUGGCCUCAUUGGCGGCGAUCACAGCGUUUAACAGUCACUCGCAUCCAAAUGAAAUUUGA